GCAGUCUCUGGUCAUCUCCUGUACUAUGUCCGCAGUCUCUGGUCAUCUUCUGUACUAUGUCUGCAGUCUCUGGUCAUCUCCUGUACUGUGUCCACAGUCUCUGGUCAUCUCCUGUACUGUGUCUGCAGUCUCCGGUCAUCUCCUGUACAAUGUCCGCAGUCUCUGGUCAUCUCCUGUACAAUGUCCGCAGUCUCUGGUCAUCUCCUGUACUAUGUCUGCAGUCUCUGGUCAUCUCCUGUACUAUGUCCGCAGUCUCUGGUCAUCUCCUGUACUAUUUUCCACAGUCUGUGUUGAUUUGGGGAGCCAUGUC